AUGUGGUGUGUUUUAUAUUUGUUGGAUUGGGUCAUACACGGCACCGCUGGUGACACCUACCCCAGUGACGCCACUGGUGACACCUACCCCAGUGACGCCACUGAUGACACCUACCCCAGUGACGCCACUGGUGACACCUACCCCAGUGACGCCACUGAUGACACCUACCCCAGUGACGCCACUGGUGACUCCUACCCCAGUGACGCCACUGGUGACACCUACCCCAGUGACGCCACUGGUGACUCCUACCCCAGUGACGCCACUGGUGACUCCUACCCCAGUGACGCCACUGAUGACACCUACCCCAGUGACGCCACUGGUGACUCCUACCCCAGUGACGCCACUGGUGACACCUACCCCAGUGACGCCACUGAUGACACCUACCCCAGUGACGCCACUGGUGACUCCUACCCCAGUGACGCCACUGGUGACACCUACCCCAGUGACGCCACUGAUGACACCUACCCCAGUGACGCCACUGGUGACACCUACUCCAGUGACGCCACUGAUGACACCUACUCCAGUGACGCCACUGGUGACACCUACCCCAGUGACGCCACUGGUGGCACCUACCCCAGUGACGCCACUGGUGACUCCUACCCCAGUGACGCCACUGGUGACACCUACCCCAGUGACGCCACUGGUGACUCCUACCCCAGUGACGCCACUGGUGACACCUACCCCAGUGACGCCACUGGUGACACCUACCCCAGUGACGCCACUGGUGACACCUACCCCAGUGACGCCACUGGUGACACCUACCCCAGUGACGCCACUGGUGACACCUACCCCAGUGACGCCACUGGUGACACCUACCCCAGUGACACCACUGGUGACUCCUACCCCAGUGACGCCACUGGUGACUCCUACCCCAGUGACGCCACUGGUGACACCUACCCCAGUGACGCCACUGGUGGCACCUACCCCAGUGACACCACUGGUGACUCCUACCCCAGUGACGCCACUGGUGACACCUACCCCAGUGACACCACUGGUGACACCUACCCCAGUGAGCCCAAUGUUUUGGAUCUGAUGUGCCCCUUUUGCCCUUAA